AUGGGGAUGGAUUUAUGUUCUUCAUUUUCGACACUCCUGAUUGUUGCAGAGAAGUUCUUGAAGGAGGCCCGUGAAGUGGAGGCAGACCCAGACCCAGUUUCUGUACCUUUGUCUACAGUGGUGGAAAAUCAAGAAACUCCAACUACUGAACCUGCAACUAUAAAAAAAAAAACUAUAAGGGUGGACUCAUCUGAUCAAUCCCUUGAUACUCAGGAGACUUCGGGUGAUAAGAGUUUAUCCGGGGAAGAGCAUAGUUCUGAAAACAGUGAUGUGGAUAGGUUUCAAAAGAGGAUCUUUGAGAUUGCAAAAAUAGUGGCUCCAUUUUCUGCUGAAGUGGUGGACACAGUAAUAAAGGAAACUAAGGAUGGAAAGGUGCAUGCUAGCUCUGCUACCCCAUCCCAGCAGGUGAAUAAAUCCUCUGGCAAAGGUAGUAGCAGCCAGAGGAAGAAGAAGAGAUACCAGCAGGAAAAAAUUGGGGGGACUUCUAAUUGGACAAAUGAAAAUGAGGAAUUUAAUUCUUGUGUGAUUGCCUCUGAGUUGGCUGACCUAUCUUAUGGUGGUUGCCAAUUCACAUGGGCUAACAAAAGGAGUGAAGGGGCUUAUAUUGCUACUAAAAUUGAUAGAGUCCUGGUUAAUGAGGCUUGGCUGGACAAAUUUCCUGAGGCUACUGCCAACUUUCUUCCGUCUGGCAUUUCUGAUCAUUCCCCUGCUGUGGUCAAUAUCAAUGCUUCUAAGAGCUCCUUCAAGAAACCCUUCAAAUACUUUGAUUUCUGGUCUCAACACCCAGAUUUUCUGAGUAUGGUUUCUAACACUUGGGGGCAGUAUAUCCGGGGCGUUCCUAUGUUUAGAGUCUGUCAAAAACUUAGGCAUCUUAAAAUUAGCCUUAAGCUUUUGAACAAAAAGGAUUUUAGUGAUAUAUCUACUCGUGUUCAGAAUGCUAAGGCUAAUUUGGAUCUGAUCCAGUAUAAGCUGGAUAAAGAUCCUGUGAACAAUGGGCUGCAAGUUCGUGAGAGAGAGGAGUUGAAAAAAUACAUUGAGCUUAGUAAGUUAGAAGAAAGUCUUGCCCUUCAAAAAUCCAGAGUGCAAUGGCUUGGGCUUGGGGACAGAAAUAGCAAAUUCUUUUUUAGGUCUGUGAAGAGCAAUAUCAACAGAGGGAAAAUUUUGAGUGUUGACAUGGGUGAUGGUACUAGGUCUACUAAUAGUUCUGAUAUCCACACCUCUUUUGUCAAUUUCUAUACCAAGUUAUUUGGUACUCCCUUUGUGGAUCAGUAUAAUGGCUUUGAGAGAAUUCAAUCUUUGGUGCAUAAAAAAGUCUCUCCUUCUCAAUAUGACUUGAUGUCUAAACCUGUUUCUGAGACUGAAAUCAAGGAGGUUUUUUGGUCCUUAAAAGCCAACAAAGCCCCCGGUCCUGAUGGGUAUUCCGCUGGGUUCUUCAAAAAUUCUUGGGAUAUUGUUGGUAAGGAUGUCACAUUAGCCAUCAAGUCAUUCUUUGACACUGGUAAACUUCUUUCUGAGGUCAAUAGUACCAUCAUUGCUCUCAUUCCUAAAGUUCCCAAUCCUAUGCAUGUUGGUGACUAUAGACCCAUUUCUUGUUGUAACACCAUCUACAAAUGCAUUGCUAAGAUCAUAGCUAAUAGACUUAAAUUGGCCCUCCCUGAUCUGAUUGAUCCUGUGCAAUCUGCUUUUGUCCAAGGUAGAAGGAUCUCGGACAAUAUUUUCCUGUCCCAAGAGCUUAUGAGAGGUUACCAUAGGAAGUCCCUUACUCCUAAGUGUGCCAUGAAAGUGGACAUUAUGAAGGCUUAUGAUACUGUGAGGUGGGAAUUUAUUAUUGAUACUCUUACAGCUAUGGCUUUCCCUCCUUGCAUGAUUACUUGGAUAAAGGCUUGUAUCACGAGCCCUUCUUUUUCGGUCUGUAUUAAUGGGAGCCUUCAGGGGUAUUUUAAAGGGGCUCGGGGGUUAAGACAAGGGGGUAUGUCCCCGUAUUUUUUUGUGGUGGCUAUGGAGGUCCUUGCUAGGAUUUUGGCUGAGAAAUCUAGGAACCCCCUGCUCAAAUUCCACUGGAGAUGUGCGAAAACCAAAAUUGUCAAUUUAUGUUUUGCUGAUGAUCUGAUGAUUUUUAGCAAAGGGGACCCUGGUACUGUUAAUCUUAUCAUGCAGGGUUUGGAGGAAUUUAGGAAUCUGCCGGGCCUCACUCCUAAUCCUAGUAAGAGUAACAUUUUCUUCUCGGGUUGUAGUAUACAGCUUAGAGAGGAAAUCCUUCAGAUUGCAAAAUUUACUGAGGGUUCCCUCUCGGUUAGAUACCUUGGUGUGCCUUUAAUCACUACUAAGCUUAAAGUGUCUGAUUGCCAUAUUCUGGUGUAUUGGUCCUCUCUUUUUAUCCUUCCUAAGAAGAUUGUUAGCGACAUUGAGAGUAUUCUUAGAUCCUUUUUUUGGUCUGGGGUUGAGAUGAAAAAGCAUAGUGCUAAGAUUGCUUGGAAGUAUAUCUGCAGAAAUAAAAGUGAAGGUGGCCUUGGCUUUAAGGACCUGGAAAUCUGGAACAAGGCUGCUAUAGCCAAACAUGUUUGGUAUUUGUUUUCGGGCGGGGAUUGCUCUAUGUGGUGCCAAUGGGUUAAGUCUUACUUGCUCAAAGGUAUGAGUUUCUGGUCCGUUAAGACCCCUAGUGAUCCUUCUUGGGUUUGGAGGAAAAUUUUGUCUCUCAGGAACUUAAUUUAUCCUCUCAUCAAAUUUAAGAUUGGUAAUGGUGACAAUGUGUUUCUUUGGCAUGACAACUGGCACCCUCUAGGUUCUCUUUGGCAGAGGUUUGGGCCUAGGAUCCUUUAUGAUACUAACCUUCCUGACAGUUCCAAGGUUAGUUCUAUUGUCUCUAAUUGUUCUUGGAAGUGGCCUGUUUCUAAUUCUUGGGAGAUUAAGGAGUGGAUCUCCUCCACUCCUUCAUCUCUCUUACCUUCUCCGGGCUCUUCUAACACUCCGGUGUGGAGCUUGACUGCUGAUGGUACUUUUUCUAUCCAGUCAGUUUGGGAUUGGUGGAGGGAAAAAGGGCCUAAAGUCCCUUGGUCUAAACUUAUCUGGGGCCCCCCUUUAAUCCCUAGGGUUAGUUUUAUUGUUUGGUUGGCCAUUAACGAGAGACUUAAUACUGGUGAUAGGCUUCAAUCUUUUGGUCUUGUCUCUAAUCCUUGCUGCCCUUUCUGUCAAGCUCCUGAGGAGAAUCACUCCCAUCUCUUUUUCAGGUGUAUAUUUUCCUCUAGGGUUUGGGGUGGCAUGAUGGCCAAAUGUAAUGCUAACUGGCCUUCUCUGUCUUGGUUGGGCACUGUUGAGUUUGCUACUAAAUCUACCAAUGGUAAUUCCUUGAAAGUGCUGAUUUUGAGGUUGUCUUUUCUCUGCACUGUCUACCACAUUUGGAUGGAGAGGAAUAGUAGAAUCUUUAGUAAGGUCCACAAACCUGAAGAGGUUGUUACUAACUCUAUUAUCCAAAUGGUUAGGGGUAGGCUUCUUUCCUUGGAAAACAUUAAAUCUUCUGCAGGUUCUUUCCUUUCUUAUCAGGUUAUGAUGAAUCCUAUAUCAUUGAAGUGGCUGAUUGGAGGGUUGAGUGAUGUUUAUGGAGCUUUCAAGUAUACUAUCUAUCUUGUUCUAUUGAGAAAUCAUGUGAGGUGUGGGCCAAGUGGUGUGAGGUUCUAUAUGGAGUGUAAGAAUGUUUUUUACUGUGGGCCGAGUGUGGGGAGGUCUUAUACAGUGUGCUUGUUAUUUCUGCUGCUUUAUGAUCUUCAUUACGGAGGUGGUAAUUUCUAUCCAUGGCUGGUUGUGGUUUAUGUCGUGGUUCGGUGGUGUGGUAAUUCCUUAAUCCAUAGUUACCUGAGGCUGUUAACAGUUUAUUUCUCUCAUGCUGUGGAGGAGUGGUGGCUGAUUGCUGUUCAGGUUUGGGUGGCAGUUGGCAGGUUUGCCUACUCCUACGGGUUGUGUAGGAGGUUUCAUGGGUAUUUUGGUGUCUCGUGUAACAGGUUUUUUGAGCAAUUCGGUAGGAUGGGCCCCUCUUGGUUCAUCACUUCGGUGCCUAUCCCUACGGGUUGUGCAGGGCGGUUUUGUGGGUGUGAUGGUGCCUAUCCCUACGGGUUGUGUAGGGAGUUUUUUGACUGUUGUAAUGGUGCUUGUUGGCUGCUGGCUUUGUCUUUUGUACAAGGUCCCUAUUCAUCAUAG